AUGAUCCCCCAUCCUUCUUCCCACCGACCGCCUUCCCGUCCCUCCGCUCCCAGUCGACGCUCGUCAGCCCACCUCUACCCUGCCUCUGACCCCUAUCCGGCAAUUGAUUCCCGCCCGCACCAAAAUACAGUCAUCGAUCUCACUGAAUCCGAUCACAGUGGCGCGGCUGAUGGCGAGCGGCCUGCCAAGAGGCCGCGGCUGGAUGCUGGCAAUGGGCCUUCGCAGUCGCUCGAGGACCCUCUCCGGAACCAACAUCAACAACAUCACCAAUCCCAAAACCAGUCCAGCUCUCAACAUCAUGGUUCCUCCACGGCAAGCGAAGCUCCAGAAUCGUCUAUGAAUCCUUUGGAUAUCAUGAAUGCCUCUUCGACAGAACAGACCGCCCGGCCACCAUGGUCGUUCCGGAGCGAUAUACGGAGAACUGGUCCAGGGGCUCAGACAGAGCUCGCCCAGUGGUCUCAGUCUGCAUCUUUGCCCCCGCUGCCUAUUCGCCCUUGGAAAUAUGGCAUCCAGGGACGGCAUGUCGCUGGUGCGACGAACCAGAAAGACAAUGAGGAAUGCGGGGAGGUGACGACGACACCGUAUCGUAUCGACGUUCCCUCCAUCGCACCACGAUUCGCAGAUAACAAACCUGCGGAUUUCACUCCUUGGAGAGGAUCACACCCUGAAGACGUAUUGUCAGAGCAAACCAUCAAGCAAGGCUUCUAUGACCGCUCUCCGGCGCCCCCUACUGAGAGCACGAGUGCCAGAACAAGUGUUUAUCCCCAUUUCAAGCGUCGUUCUGGAUUGAAACUCUUGUCAUCUGUUUUUGCUGCAGCCCUCGAAAAACGCCAGGCCUUAUGUACAAUCACCGCGGCGUCGACCUUUCGGCCUCCUCCCCGGGUUACACUAACCGAUAUCAAACGUGAGGCGUGGCUUCGCGAUUUGGCAAACCCCUCUGUUCCGCUACGUAGACUAAGUCGCACUAUACCACAUGGAAUCAGGGGCAAACUGCUUCUGGACCAAUGCCUUGGGAAAUCCAUUCCUAUUUGUCGAGCUAUAUGGCUGGCCAAAUGCGUGGGUGCCAACGAAUUACGCGCAUUCAAGAGAAAAGGGACCUCUGCGGGAGUUGCGAGUGGUCUCGAAACAAAAUGGGUUCGAGACUGGACUAUCAGCGUACAGCAAUUCAUCGAGGGCGUGAUUGCUAGUUUUGGCGAUGCGAGCUGGAAAUUGAGGAUCUCUUAUAGUAUCAGGCUCUCGGCACGGCUCUUUCUCGAACACCUGAUCGAUCAAGAUCAUUUUCUAGAUUGGUUUCUUACGUCCUUGGGUAAUUCUUCUUUCGAGAGCCUUCCUGUGUGGCUCCUCAUGGUUGGGGUUUACUGGCAAAAUAUAGUCCGCUAUCGCAAAAGGGCAAAGCGUUUGGCUGAGUGCUUACUUGAGAAACUCCGUCUGGUGUCUGACGCCGGUCAAAAUGCACACUUGAACCCCCUUGCGCAGCGCCUAUCUCGCCUGACCAAAACAUUAACCCUGUAUCAUCCAUCCUCCUUUAUUCUUCCUCGGACCUGGGCCAAAUACGAAAGUGUACUAUUAUCAUGUCUAGACAUGAACCUCCCAGACGACAAGGCCGCUUUCCAAAACCUUAAGGCCAGAAACACUCGAGUUUGUCGGUUACAGAACGAUCGUGGGAAACCCAUACAAUCUAUCAAUCAACGCCUCAUCCAACUUCUUGACUCUUCUAGUGACGUUUCCACCAUUUGCUCAGAGUGCUUGAAUAUAUCUCAGGACUAUAGCAUCCUAGUUACCAAAUUGAUAGAAUGGGCAUCGACUUCCUUUCGGUAUGGGAUGGCGCGAACAUACACGGUGGUGCGCGUUUUUCGGAAAUGGAAAAAGUCAGGGGUCGAUAUCGACUCCCACAUUCUUUCGUUCCUCAUACAAGAUCACUGGAAGUCAGGUGUGCGGUUUUUUGAUGUGUACCAUGUCAUUUGCGAACUGGUUCGAUCACAAUCAUUCUCUGUAGCAAAAUACCUGCAGUGGCUCAUGGCACGUGGGGUUCUCAGCAAUGUCUCUGACUUUCAGCAGAUGCAUGUUUCGGCUGACAUCGGACUCCUCGGUCAUCUUCCACCACAUCGUCUCCCAAGCCAUAUAUGGAAUUUGCGGAAUACGCUCUUGUCAAGGACGGGAUUUUCAGUAGCUCUUGAGAAUGAUACGAUUCAACUCAUUAAGGCUUCCGUUCGACGGCGCCUUCCCCACAUGUUUCCUAUGCUUUCUAUAAAUGGAGAUGCUGAAAUGACAGAUGAUGUUGAUCUUACGUCGCUAAGCUGGACAGUAAGGUCAGAAAUAGGAAAUUGGAUAAGGGAUCAGGUAGCCUCCCAUGUCAAAAAUAGUCUCAAGAGUGCUAUUGACCGCGAUUUCGCAAGUGAAGUCAAAACAUCGGCACUUACUCCUCAAGAAUUUUUCGAAGUACGAUAUAUUCUUGAAUGUCUAUGUGAUUUCUCCAUGCUUGCCGACGUUUUGAAGUAUGCUUCCGGAUCCAACAAUGUGACCGUAGUAGCAUCAGCCGUCGACACACUGAACUAUCAUCUAGACUCGUUUAAUGCCAUCGGUGCUACUGGUGAUCUUUUCAAAAGCUUCACAGGAGCUUACGCUAGAAUCAGCAAAACUGAAUUAUCGGUCCAAGAUCUAAUUGCUUCACUUUUGGAUGUUGCCAUCAAGCUUCCAGCGGAAUUGUCCACGCUUUCUAUGCUCCGUCGAGAUCAACUCCAACGGGAUAGGAAGUUAGCCAUGGCAGCUUGCUCUCCAGUCUCUGACCACAUUGUUGAUACGCUAAAUACAGCCAACCCCACAUUCACAGAAGAACUGGAUCAGCUAUUAACUUCCGGGAAUAGCAUGGACGAAUCAACCAUGGCACGAAUUUUUGACACCCUUCGGAAGAAACUUGAAGCUGGCAGCAUAAAUGGGGAACAAAGUGCUCAUGAGACUGCGCGAUAUUUCGCAAACCUUAGGCCGUUCAAUACCAAAUUGUUCGAUAACCUCAUGAUCAAAUGGGUCAUUUCGGUGAUGAGGUCGUCACCUCGACCAAAACUUUCCUCCAUUUUACCACCCCUUAUCGGCGUCGGAUGCGUGACAUUGCACUCUUUCUAUGUACUUGCUAGAGCAUUUCUGCAUUCUGAUGCGUAUAAAAAUGCCAUUCCGGAUUUGGCAGAGCUUCGCAUCGAUAUGAUUCAGCUACUAGACGAUAAGCUGUCAAAUGGGAAUGGAUCGCAGGGCCUGGUUGCGUAUCGGUUUAAAAUUGCCCGGCAAGGGUACAUGAGACAGUAUUCUGGGGAAGCUCUCGGCCUCAUCCAAGAUUUGCUCGCAAACCUUUCUGAAAAUAGAGCUGACUCUCCACCCAAACAAUUCAACAAUGAUCUGCUGAGUACCAUUGUGACGCCUCUUUUGUGUGAAAUUAUUGUUCGACACCCUUCUAUUGUUGGGAUAGGCCUAGCUGCAGCCGAAAGAACUAUAGAGUCGAUCAAUGAUUUCUCAUUACCAUUGUGUCUAAUAAACUUACGACUGCUGUUCAGUUUCGAGUGUGACAAUGACGUGAAAAAGCGUAUUUAUGAUGUCGUCUUUGAAGCGGCUAAAUCAAAUAUGCAUAAGGGUCAGUCCCAUUGGAUUGAUGUUGUGGGAACCUUGCAUGCAGAUGCAGCAAAAGAGAUCCGCCAACGAGCAGAGGAGCAACUACUGUCCCUUGUGCUCUCCUCCGAUUCUCUACCGGCCAGCCCGGUAUCCAAGUCCGGUGCGCCAACAUCUGUAACCGCUUCUGCGCUCGUAUGUCUGCGCAUAGUGGAGGAUCUAUCAUUUAGCGUUCCAGAGAAUGGUAGUCCGUCACUGGGUCCUAUGCUGAUCGAAAAGAUGAACAUGAUUCUGCACAGAAUUACCAUCCUUGAAAGUCACAUCAUGAAUACCAAUAUAACCCAAUAUAACGACCAAGCCGCGGCCAUUCGCCAGGCUCACGCGACCCAGGAAUCUGCCAUUACAUUCUGGUUUUACAUUUUGCUCCGUCUAGUCUCCAUCCACCGGUCCACAUUUACCCCAGGCACUCUGUCAAAAUCCGACUUGGCUGACCAAUCCCGCCUACUGAUCUCAAUCACCUGCAUCGCUCUAUCGAAGACUCUCUCCCCCAAGGUCCCCUCCGCCCGGCCCUACUACAUUCCCCCAACCACCCCUCUUACGUUUGCUGUUCCUCCCCAAGGUUCACGGCCUCAACCCCUUUUCUACAGCACCGAUGCUGGCAUAUCGACCAAUCUACGAACCCAAGCCCUAGAUGUCGCUGCAACUCUCCUCGACACUAUCCCAGAUGAUAGUCGCCACCAAUGCUCGCGUUUCUUCCGCGACCGCUGCCCUCCCUUCCUUCACCCACAAAACAACCCACGUCUUUUCUUUCUCCUCGGACCCCUAGCAGCAGACACUCAGCCAUCGUCAUCCACCAUGCAAUCCUCCCAACAGCAGCCGGUAGCACCUAGCCUAUCACAAACAACACUAGGACCCCCCGCCUCAACUGCAACUCCAGCUGCAGGAGCACCUCCUGGUGCUAAGGCAAACUCUUCGUCUUCCCAACAAUUCCAAAGCGGCAACAUCUACAAUACCACAAACUUCCUUCCCUUUGACGACCAGAAUUCUCUUGUCGGUAAGUUGCGCGUACAGCAUCCGGGCGGCAUUGUGGGACGUUUUCCACUGCGGCCGUGGGAGAUGCUGGAGGAGUCGGCGCCGGUUAUUGGUGUUAAUGACACCGCAGUGGAUUUAGGAUGGUUCGCAGCGAGGAGGGUCAGGGGUGAUGUUAUAUGA